AUGACUUUGCAAUUCAAAAGCGUUCCUAUCAGACAGACUAUUCCUAGUGAAGGAAUGACGAAAAUUGCGCCCAUGUCAUUUGAAGGAGACUUGGCGGAAGCCUUUGUCAUACAUGGUGAGAAAGGACCAGAAAACAUGGACGCCAAAAAGGAUUUGGGGAUCUGGCUCUCCUUAAACUUGCCUUUUUCAAUGCCACAUGAGAAAUCGUCCCCAAAGGAAUUCGCUGUUUUUCAGAUGAUUCGGCUCACCUGUUCUCGUAUUGCUCGCAUGGAGUUCCAAAUACUCUAUGGGGCCUACGUCAGACUGCACAACCGACCGAACCAAGUCGUCUACUCAGGACGCACGAAGGACGUCACCCUCAUCGAGAAUGUCCAGCGAGCCACUACGAGAAUGGUUGUCGGCCUCAAGUCCGUGGACUUCAAAACGCGUAUUGCGGUGCUUGGACCCCUGCCCCUGGAGUAUCGUCGCCUCCAAGGAAACCUAAUUCUAACUUAUGCCCUCUCUGAACAAGGCUUGGUCAACAGUUUUUCACCACUGACCCCACAAACACGGCUGAGACAUGAUUUGCUGGAUUUUAUAAAUGAAGCAGAAAUGAUGCAGGAGUUUGAAGGGACUUUGUCACGCUUUCAAAUGGCGCUGCAACAGCGAAUGGCACUAAAGUUGACGCCUCAGUUGCUAGCUGAUUUGCCACUCCCAGAGGCUCACACUAAACUCGGACAAGUAGCCAAUCUUAUCGUGCAACAAAAUACCAAGUCCGGAACCAGCCAGGGUGGCCAGUCGUCUGUUGGUGAUCAGACACUGUUGAUCGAUCUUGCUGGUCGUCCCGAGUUGACCACCGCUGCACGAAAGGCUGUAACCCAGUUUCUCGAAUCGACCAGAGGCGGUGGUACACAACUCCAGUCUGCUGGUCCAUCUGCGUUCACUGUUCGACUGCGCACCGUUAUUACCCGAGAAGCCAGAGAAGAGCUUAUCCACCGAGGUCACGAACUCCUCAACCAGGUCAAGCGAGAAAUGGAUCGAAUUUACCAGAAACAUGAUAAACUUAUCCUCGGCAACUCGGAAGGGAAGAAGCGGUUUAGUGAAGAUUAUUUAUUCCUCACGCGUGAGUACCUGCGCCAUCUGGUGAAACGUCAGCACGCGUUAGCAACCAGCAUAUGGGAGCAGAAAGAACAUGAACUUAGAUCUGGAUGACUAGUUUUUACCUUUGUUUGUUGCCAGCCAUUGUACAGUGCAUGAAACCGUUUUUGACAUGGCCGAACCACUUUCUACUCCUGUUUGUGUGCCUUUUUCACAUGACAUCGCUGUAUUUCGUCAGAAGUCGAACGAUACCAGAUAAAGUAGAUCUAUCCACACAGUAA